AUGUUGUCUUUCAGCUUGCUGGCGGUGGUUCUGCUCUUCUUCUGUCUAAGUGCUCAUGCUGUGGACCGCAGCAACUUUAAAACAUGCGAUCAGAGUUCAUUCUGCAAACGUCAGAGGGAGCUGGAGCCAGGUCAGUCUCCGUAUCGAGCUCUGCUGGACACACUUGAGCUGAGCAACUCCAGACUCGCCUUACAGCUCAUCAAUGACAACAACAAGGUUCGCUUGUUGCUGGAGCUGUACAGACUGCAGGGGAACAUGACGCGUGUGAAGAUCAAUGAACUUAAACCGCUUAAGCCUCGCUACGAGGUUCCAGAUGUGCUGAUGGCAGAUCCGCUUACCGAACCGUUGUCAGUGGUGGUUCAGGAUGAGAACGGUCUGGUUUUGUCUCUGGGUGGGGCUGAGCAACGGCUCAUUUUAAACGCUCGACCGUUCCGAUUGGACAUCAUUGAGGGUCCUCAGGUGCUCAUGUCUGUCAACUCCCGGGGGCUGCUGGCCUUCGAGCACCUCAGAGCACGCAAGGACACUAUCUCUCAUAAAAUAAGUAGCACAGUUGGUAGCAUGUGGGACUCGCUCAAGAGCAUUUUCUCUAGUGAAUCUAAUUCGGAGGAAACGGCAGGACAGGAGAAUGUGGGACAGCAAACAGAUGAGAUUAAAGAAGACGAGGAAAAGCCAGGCAUGUGGGAGGAAGUGUUUAAAACUCACAGCGAUUCAAAGCCUAACGGUCCAUCAUCUAUUAGUUUAGAUUUUUCUCUACCUGGAGUGGAACACGUCUUUGGUAUUCCAGAACACACAGACACGCUGAAACUGAAAAACACUGACGGAUCAGACCCGUACAGGCUGUAUAAUCUGGAUGUGUUCCAGUAUGAGCUUCAUAACCCGAUGGCUCUUUAUGGGUCAGUACCUGUGCUCAUAUCUCACAGUACAGAGCGAACCAUGGGUCUGUUCUGGCUCAACGCAGCGGAGACGUGGGUCGACAUCAGCACCAGUUCAGCAGGACAGACGAUGUUUGGAAAAAUGCUGGAUUUUGUUCACGGUUCCAGUGAAGCUCCUCAGACAGACGUGCGCUGGAUGUCCGAGAGCGGCAUUAUUGAUGUUUUCAUCAUGCUUGGACCCAAACCUACCGACGUCUUCACUCAGUACGCUUCACUCACAGGCACUCAGUCGUUUCCUCCUCUGUCCGCUCUGGCCUAUCAUCAAUGUCGCUGGAACUACAACGAUCAGGAGGACGUCAGAGCCGUCGAUCAAGGCUUCGAUGAGCACGACAUCCCCUAUGACUUCAUAUGGCUGGACAUCGAGCAUACAGAUGGAAAGCGCUACUUCACAUGGGACCCCAGCAAGUUCCCGCAGCCGAAAGACAUGCUGCAGGGCCUGAUGGACAAAAGACGCAAGCUGGUGGCCAUCGUGGAUCCUCACAUUAAGGUGGACGGCGACUACAAGAUUCACAGCGAGAUUCGCUCCAAAAAUCUCUACGUGAAGAAUAAAGAUGGAGGCGAUUACGAAGGCUGGUGUUGGCCAGGUAACGCUGGUUAUCCUGACUUCACAAACCGUGACAUGAGAGCCUGGUGGAGCAGCAUGUUCGCCUACGACCAGUAUGAGGGUUCAAUGGAGAAUCAGUACAUCUGGAAUGACAUGAACGAGCCGUCUGUGUUUAAUGGGCCUGAGGUGACCAUGCACAAAGAUGCUCUUCAUGGUGUCUGGGAGCACAGAGAUGUUCACAACCUCUACGGCCUCUACGUGCAAAAGGCGACAGCAGACGGUCUGAUUCAGCGUUCAGGAGGCGUUGAGAGGCCGUUUGUUCUCACCAGAGCGUUUUUCGCCGGGUCCCAGCGUUACGGUGCGGUGUGGACCGGAGACAACGCAGCCGAGUGGGGUCACCUGAAGAUCUCCAUCCCCAUGUGUUUGAGUCUGGGGUUAGUGGGCAUCUCGUUCUGUGGAGCCGAUGUGGGUGGAUUCUUCAAGCAUCCCAGCGCUGAGCUGUUGGUCAGAUGGUAUCAGGCGGGAGCGUAUCAACCCUUCUUCCGAGCUCACGCUCAUCUGGACACCCCGCGCAGGGAGCCGUGGCUCUUCGGUCCAGAGAACACGGCUCUCAUUCGGGAGGCGAUACGUCAGAGAUACGCUCUCCUCCCGUACUGGUACCAGCUCUUCUAUAACACGCACCACACCGGACAACCGGUUAUGAGGCCUUUAUGGGUGGAAUAUCCCGAAGACUUUGCUGUUUUCACUAUUGAGGACGAGUAUCUGCUCGGGAAGGAUCUGCUGGUGCAUCCUGUUACUGACGAGGGAGCUAAAGGCAUCACUGUUUACCUGCCUGGGAAACACGAGGUUUGGUUUGACGUUCACACCUUCGAGAAACACGCCGGCGCUCAGAGUCUCUACAUGCCCGUCGCCAUGAGCUCUAUUCCAGUUUUCCAGCGAGGUGGCUCAGUCAUCUGCAGGAAGGACCGUAUAAGGAGAUCUUCCUCUUGUAUGGAGAGCGAUCCAUACACUCUCUACGUGGCUCUCGGUUCUCAGGGCUCUGCUGAAGGCGAGCUGUACAUCGAUGACUUCCAUACGUUCGACUAUGAAAAGAAGAAGGAGUUCAUCCACAGACGUCUGUCGUUCUCUGACGGCACACUGACCUCCAGAAAUCUGGCACCAGACUCUCAGUUCUCCACGAGCUCUUGGAUAGAGAAGAUUGUUAUUAUUGGAGGCGUCCAGCCGUCUUCUGUCACGCUUACCACUGCAGAUGGCGCAGAGACGGCUCUAGAGUUUGACUUUGAUUCUGAAACUGCAGUCUUAACAUUGCGCAAGCCGGGGGUGAACGCAGGCGCAGACUGGAGUGUGCGUCUGCGAUGACAUCACGAUGAACACGCAGACGGAGGAAGAAACAGCACUUGACAGAAAGUCCACGAGCGCUGAGAAAUCUGGAGAAUGUAUUAUUAAUAAUGGAUUGAAUGACGGGGACCAGGAGGUGCUUGAAAAACGACUGUUGUGUGAUUUCACAUGACAAAAUACAAAUAGUAGAGAUUUCUAUUAAAUUAGGAGUUGAUUCAUUGAAUUGAGAAGUUUGGACUCUUAGAUGUUUUGGUAACACUUUACAACAAGGUUGUGUUUAAUUUAUGCAUUUGCUAACAGUGAACAAUAUGUCUACAGCAUUUAUUAAUCAGAGUUUGUUCAUUUAAUAAUACAUUUUGGUACCAUUAGUCAAUGCACAAUGAACUUAAGUGAACAACUGUUUUGACAUUCACCUUAACAAAGCUGAAUAAAUACUACAUUGCUCAUUGUUAGGUCAAGUUAGCUAAUACAUUUACAACCCUAUUGUAAAGGGUUGCCCUUUUUUUGUCUCAGGAAGUAUUCUGCCGUAAAAAUAAAUGUAAAAUCCUGCAUUUCAAAGCCUCUGGAAAAACUGUUAUGUUUUUAUAUUGCAUUAUGGGCCAUAUAUAUUAUCCUUAAUUCAAAAACAUACUUUUAAGAGGGAUGAAUAAGAUGUGUUGUCAGCCUCUGUAUGGAGGCUGUAGAAAUGUGAAUCAGGUGAUAUGACUCAAAUUGCUUUAACUUUCAUUCCAUUUUUAAUUCCAUCGAGUUUAAAAUCCAUGUGAAACAGUGUCCAAGAGAAGUACGAGGAGAAACUAAAUGAGAAAUAAUCAACGGGGACAUUAUUGUUAUUUUCUGUAGUUUUGGUUUAAGUUGUGUUUUAACAUUUAUAGAUAAUCUUUUGUUCAUUUUCCCAAAGAUAAUAGAUCAGUUUUCACAGAUCUCUCGAUCGUUCUCUAGAGCUCUGCAGACAAUGUUUUUUUUUUUUUUUUUAUGAAUGUCAGAUUGAAUAAAUCACUGUCACGUUUGUUGUACGAUGGCAAAAAUGACACAAAUUGUACAAGAUUCUGUUAUUCAAACACUAAAUAGGUUUGUGAGAAGUGAACAGAAACCAGAUUGUUUACAUGUUAAUGUGAAAAGUGUGAUGUCUUUGACAAACUGAGUGAAAUAAAAGCGGAUCAGUCGUUUGGCGA